AUGGCGACGGGUCCUGCUACUCAGUCCUUGAAGUGUGUAGUGACGGGUGAUGGUGCUGUGGGGAAAACAUGUCUCCUUAUCUCUUAUACAACCAACGCCUUCCCCGGAGAAUACAUACCGACCGUGUUUGACAACUACACGGCCAGUGUGAUGGUUGAUGGCAGACCCAUCAGCCUAGGACUUUGGGAUACUGCUGGACAGGAAGAUUAUGACCGACUUCGACCGUUGUCCUACCCCCAGACCGACGUUUUCCUCAUCUGUUUCUCCAUCGUCAGCCCACCCUCCUUCGACAACGUCAAGGCCAAGUGGUACCCAGAGAUUGAGCACCACGCUCCUAAUGUGCCCAUUAUCCUCGUCGGUACCAAACUCGACCUGAGAGAUGACCGCGCAACCGCCGAGACCCUCCGCCAAAGGAAGAUGGAGCCAGUUUCCUAUGAACAGGCACUAACAGUGGCCAAGGAAAUCCGGGCGCAUAAGUACUUGGAAUGUUCUGCUCUGACGCAGCGCAACCUCAAGAGUGUGUUUGAUGAAGCCAUUCGAGCUGUUCUCAACCCCCGACCUACCACGAAGCCUAAGAAGAGCAAAUGCUUGAUUCUGUAG